GGUCCUUAAAAAUCCGAUUAUAAAAUUAACAAAUAAUACACGAACAAAGCAAAAAUUACAUUUAACUAAAUGCGUCCCAAAUUGCGAUAAAUAAAAUGCUAUAAGUGUAAAAUUUACACAAAUAAAAACUAUACAAAAGUUAAACAACAACAACUGGAGGCCAAGCGUUCAACAUGAAUCGACUUUUGUUGCAGUGUCUGGUUACCACAAUACUUGUCUAUAAAGUCAUCUCAGUGCCCACAACAGUCAGCAGUGUCGAGACGACCACCGAGAAACCGCAGCAAGAUGACGAUGACGAUGAUUGGGAUGAGGAUGAUGAGUCGCUAGAGUCGGAUGAUGACGGACGUGUUUACAAGAAUCCACGCAAUUCACCAUCUACGGAAUGUCCGCGAGAUGAGGAACAAGCCACACUUCUGGGCCAAAAAUGUUUGCGCAAAUGUUCAUCCGAUGAGGAUUGUAAGAGCAAGAAAAAGAAAUGCUUAUGUGAUGGCGUUUGCGGCAUGUCGUGCAUUAAGCCUGAUCGCGAAUGUCCGGAACUUGCUCAGCCAUCAUUGGGACAGGUUACUGUGGUUGGCCGACACUUUGGCGCCCGUGCUUCCUACUCCUGUCCACAUGGCUAUCACGUUGUGGGUCUACAAAGUCGUCUCUGCCAAGCCGAUGGAAACUGGGCGGGCGCCGAACCAGCCUGCAAGCAGAACAUCUACUGCCUGAAACCGCCACAGAUCGAGCAUGCGCGCAAUUCCGCUUUGCCGGAGCAGGAAACUUUCGAUUUGGAUUCCACAGUGCAGUAUCACUGCCAUACGGGCUAUGUCACCAAUGGCUUUCCACGUGCCAAGUGCUUGGCCAUUGAUGGACAGGCUAGCUGGUAUGGACCGGACAUACAAUGCGAACCGCGUUCCUGCGGUCAACCGCCUGAUCCUGCCUAUGGCUGGCAUGCGGGAGAGUGUUAUACAUAUGGCUGUAAGAUCACCUAUAACUGUGGCACAGGUACCGGGUACGAGCUAGUGGGCAAGCACGAGAGAUAUUGCCAAUCGGAUGGUUCCUGGACGCCCAAGGAGCUGCCCACAUGUGUCUUGGUUACCUCCGUGGUAUGUCCCACGCCGGAGAAUCCUAAGAAUGGCAAGGCCACAUACACCACAACGGCCUACAAUUCGGUUGUCAGCUAUGAGUGUCGUUAUGGCUAUACUCUAGUCGGGGAGAGUUCCAGUCGCUGUGGAGCAGAUCGAAAAUGGAGCGGUACACUGCCCAUUUGCAAGGAGAUCAAUUGCGGGCAUCCGGGCGUGCUAUAUAAUGGCUGGAUUGAGAAUAUUGAAGCAGGCACAGGCCUAGGUGCCAGCAUCAUCUUUCGAUGUCAGCCGGAAAUGCUAAUCAAUGGAGUCGGCUCGAGCGUUUGCCAAAUCGAUGGGCGCUGGCGUAACCCCUUGCCCGAGUGUUUGGCACCCUGUGUAGUGCCCACCAUAUCUCAGGGAUAUGUAAUACCGAUGGAAAUAACAACAGAUGAGAAUGGCACAACGAUUAUUAUGCCUACAACAACGACAACCACAAUUCAACCCCCUACACAGACAAUCGGGGGUGUAGAGAAGGUCAAGCAUGGCACUGCACUGGAGGUUAAAUGUGAUGUUAACUACGAAUUUCCCGUCUCGCUUUUGAGCCCCCCCAUUUGUAAUAAUGGCACAUGGAGCAUUAUUCCACGGUGUGUUCCAGCACGCUGUCAAAGCAUGCCACGACCCCCAAAACACGGUAUGGUAAUGGCUCCGAAAACAGAGCAUGGCAUGAAAGCGCGUUUUAAAUGCAAGGAUGGCUUUAAGCUGGUCAGUCCAGAGGGAAAGGAUAUAACCGAUCCGCACGAUUAUGUUUUGACAUGCUCCUUUGGUAACUGGACCGGGGAAACGCCGAAAUGCGAUGAGGUUUUCUGCUCGUUCCCAGGCUAUAUACCCAAUGGAAAGGUGCUGCUGGUGGGCAACAUGGGGCUCUACGACUAUCGACCCUAUGUAAAAAAGAUCGUCAAUAACAAACAAAUCAUGUAUGACUGCGAUAAGGGAUAUGUCCUAGAAGUGGGUCCACCAGGUGCCACAUGCGUGGGCGGAAAAUGGCGACCCCUGGAUCUCCCACAAUGUUUACUCGGGCAACACCCCCGUUUGCGAUGGAAUCGCAGACGUCGGCGACGUUCAUUGCAGAUGCGGCAACUGCGAUCAGUGUACCUCUUGAGGCGACAGCGAGCAUUACAGCGGCAGUUGGGCGAGAAUAUAGAAAUACCAACUACGACGACUCAAAGGCGAGUGAAGCGCAAUCCGAGCGAUAUCGAUCUAGCCUACUCCAAAUACUAUCAAAAGAUUAAGGAACGCUACCAGCGGUAUGUGAAGAAGAUGCUCGGCCAUAGUCGGCUCUAUAAGAAGAUACAGGUGCAGGAUGGACGCUGGUACAACCACUACAACAAUCCGGAGCUCGUCAUGAUGCGGAAGGCGACACAUAAGUGGCGCAAUCCCGCUACAGAUUAUGCAGACGACAACGAAUAUCGCGAGUACUUGGGUGCUAUUGUACCCCUCCCGAAUAUCAAUCAGAGCUCCCGCUAUCAUAGCCACAGUCAUGAGACCGAACGUAGUUCCAACGAGACUCCUAGUCCGCAACAUUCGAUGGCAGUUGAAAGCAAGCAUAUGAACGCGACCCGUGCGCUCAUCGAACAGUUGAAGUCGCAAAUUGUGCGUCGUCGGCGCAAGCGGAGUUCCAAUGUGCCAACCGCAGCACCUCCGGCUGCAUCUUUGCCCGAUGCUGAUAUAGACACCAGUGAUGGGGUCGAGACGAGCGGCAAGGGGGCCGGUGGUAAACGCCUACGUGGGCCUUGCGAAGAGCUAGACUGGGAUUCCUUUGGCAACAUUAGUGUGGUGCGACCCGGGAAGGCGCCAGGUCUCAAUUCUGUAGGCAGCAUUUUGCAUCUUGAGUGCAAUGCUGGCUUUAAAUUAAACAUUAAGGGCGAAAAUGCAACAGCACGGUGUAUUCGUGGCAUUUGGAAGCCAGAGAUGCCCAAAUGUCUAUCUUCACCGUGUCUUGUGCCAGCUGUGGAGAAUGGGCAGUACUUUAAAGUGGAGCCGCACACAAAGCAAUUAAGCGAUAAGCCCUCCUUGACACCUCUAUCCACCUAUGAAGAGAUACAGUCGAAUGAGUUCAUAACACUCGAAUGCGAGGAGGGAUUCAACAUACAGGGCUCAGCACAGCUACGUUGCGCUCAUGGAUCGUGGUCGAAUGUGGUCAGCUUCUCCGAAUGCACCUCCGUCCCCUGCACGCUACCCAACAUACCCGGUGUAAUAUAUGAGGGUGGUUAUCGUGCGGGGCUUACGAUCGGUCACGGCAGUACGGUCAGCGUGCGCUGCGAACUUUCCACAAACUCGAAUCCCGUAGAGAUGGCUUGUCACAAGGGAGUGUUGACUCCAUCCACCAUACAUUGCGAGUCGGGUCUACGGAAGUCACGCCAAGAACUGGAGCAUGCAACGCCAGCACCCCAUAGCCAUGUCCAUACAUCGGCAGUGAAGGUGGAUCAUAAUGAUUUGGACGAACAUAAUGAGAACAAUACGGAUGAGCACGGGGGCGAGGAUAUGAAAAUGUGUGGACCGCCAAGUUUGACGGAUGGAGCUUUGGUAUACAAAAAUGUCGAACAUGUGGAACAUGAUGGUGCCUACGAGAGUGGAACUGAAAUUUUCUUUAAUUGCAUACCCAAUGCCGCAGGUGAUCGUCAGACGUGGCGGAUUAUUUGCGAUAAUGGGCAAUGGAUUGGACGCUCUUACAAUUGCGAGAAUGGUACCUGCUUAUUCAAAAACAACGAAGCGAAUGUGGUUAGCUUCUACAAUGAUUUGGAAAUACGAGAAGAUGUGGUAGAGUUUCCACCGGGUGCUACAAUUAUUUCUAGAUGUGUGGAUAUUGGCAAGUUCUCAAUGACUGGCAGUCACGAAAGGACCUGCAUACACUCGGAAUGGACCAACACAAAACCUAUUUGCUCCGGUCUUAAUCAAGAAAACGAUUACGCAAUGGAGAAGGCACCCACCAUACUGUUUCGUCAUCAGAAUGGGCCUAUAGCUCAGAGCAACGAUGGUAAACUGAUUGUCUACCCGGGCACCACGUUGCAUAUGGAAUGUCUGUGGAUGCGACGCUUCGGUAAUCCCAAGUGGAAUGUCAGUCACGACUUUAAAAACUACACCGAAGGCUGGGUGACCGAAGCCGACGAGGGUCGCGACUCAACGCUGGAAUAUCGGCUUAGUAUUUUCGAUGCAGUUAGCGAGGAUAGUGGCAUAUACUCCUGCAUGACGCCCGCACGCCAUGAACACGCUGUCGAAGUAGUAAUCAAGGCCAUACAUUGCACUGAGAUACCUAUGAGACGUGGUUUGAUCGUAAACACAAACGACACAAAGCUGAGCACACGCGUGCUGUUGUCCUGUUCCAAUGGCAAUUCUUUGAUUGGCGCAUCGGAGCUGUUUUGCUUGCCGAGUGGCAAUUGGAGUGCUCCGUUGCCGGUUUGCGAGAGUGUCGAAUGCGGCGACAUUUUGCUGAAUAAUGUAAGCUCGCCACGGGUUUCCGUGCUGUCCCGCGAGGUUGGCGGUCGUGCGGCAUUCUCUUGUCCAACGGGGUACGGUCUGCGCGGCCCAUCGGAGGCCUUAUGUUUGCCAUCUGGCGAAUGGGCAACCCCUUUUCCCGUCUGUGUUGAGGUCCAAUGCGAAAAUCCCGGUGCGCCUCAAAACGGCUAUGCCCAGGGCUCGGCACCAUAUCGCGCUGGGGAUGUAGUCCAAUUUAACUGCAACCCAGAAUAUAUGAUGCAGGGUCAACCUAUAAUUGCCUGUCAGGAUAACGGUCGCUGGUCGGGCGGCUUGCCAAAGUGUGUGCAGGCGUGCUCGUAUCCGGGCACAGCGAUCAGCGGACGCAUGUCCUCCGUUAAAUUCUACUAUGCUAUCGGGGAGAGCAUUACGUUUACGUGUGAUGCUGGACUAGAGUUGCGCGGCUCCAAGGUAUUGAAGUGCAUGAAGAAUGGCAAAUGGUCGAGCGCGAUACCUACUUGUGUGACCGUCGAUGCGCCAUCCACAGGAGGAGCUUCAGCUGGUACUAGCAAUAAACAUCUGGCCACUAUGGGUUAAGGUAAUGAAAGACAUGUGCUGUCUUUGUCUCACAACUUUUAUGAGUUAAAUCAAAGUGAUACUAAUACAUAUGUACUUACUACUAAACUAAUACACACAAGUAUACCAACUACUUCAGACCUACUUCUUCCGAUUUAACAAUAAUUACCUUAUAUGUAAUUAAAUUUGGCCAUCAUUUUAAUAAAAAUUUCGUCAAUUUACCAUGGAACAUAUCCCAUAAAGGUAACGUGACGAAAAAACUUA